CACCUCAAGUGGCGUUGAUUGGCAAAAACACACUGUGGAGCGCGUUGCCCGGCAUUUGAAUUCGGGCUCUGGCACCCCCAUGCAUGCACGGCACACUAGCUGGCGAGUCAUCACUGAUCAAGUUAUCGUAGUAGAGUGAUGGGUUCGGGAAUGAUGCAGUUGCGAGAGUUUCCAGACAAACUAACUUGAACCGAGCUAGGAUCAGUGCGAUUGAAGAAACCCUGAUAGCAGGCGGGCGUAGCAGGGAUCGGGUUCGCCAAUGGGUGAUAUCACUCUAGGUGUCAGGUUCAGCAAGGACGAAAGAUGGCGUGGUGUCUUCAAUUCAAGUCGGCAGCAAUCAUACAAGUCAUGCUGCUUUUUGCAGUUUUCCUGCAGGAAGCAUUCCCUACAGCGGCUAGUUGUGGCAGUGGUGUGCAAGCUACGGCCAAUGAUGAGGGACUCAGUGGAGAUGGGGACUGUGCAGAGCAAGCGGAUCCUCAAACAGCGCAAACACCCACCACUGGUCUUCGGAACAGCUCAGCAACAAUUGAAUUCAUUUGGCUGAAAGGUACGUGGACGUUGUGCAACGCAACAUGUGAUGGAGGUGAAAUGUUUCGUCCAGUCAUUUGCUACGGGCGAAGAUCUCACGUUCGCGAUCGUUAUUGCCAAGCGCCCAAGCCCAGGGUGAAGGACCAGUGUGCUAUGCAGCCAUGCCCCGGGAAGUGGAAAAUCAGCGUGUGGUCACAGUGUACUGCCAGCUGUGGUGUAGGCAUACAGUGGCGACACAUAGGUUGCCACCUGCGUCACUCUCAUAGCGAUAGCCACGAGGAUGCCCAAGACGGCGAUCGCAACGUCCGAGAUACUCGCUCCACCACCAGCCUGGCACUGUGCAAUCCCAGUGUACGACCUCAGAAAGUGAGGUUUUGCGAAGGCACAGCCAAUAACUGUCCACUUCCAGAGCGAAUGCACACAAAUAAUAGAGACCGCCUUCAGCGUGAACGAAAUCCUGACAUAACACCAACACGCUCCACUAGAUCAGAAGACGAAAAUCGACCAAACCACCAAGGGCUCAUUGCAAAGAGAAGUGUGCAGCAGGAUGCAAACCACGAGCAAAGUUUGAUCGAAGUGGAGCACGAGGAAUUCUUCCACAUUGGCGAUGAGAUAGUUGGCAGCUGGCGAGUUGUUACUGGGCCGUGUUCUGUUUCGUGUGGAGGAGGAGUGAGGAAGCACAGUGCAGUUUGCCAGGCGUCCGACCACGGUAGGCAUCAGAUCUACAAUGACGUCGUUUGCAGCCGCAGUCCCAAGCCCCGGACGCGAUACACACAAUGCCACAAUCGUGCAUGUCCUAUCCUAUUACACCAGUGGCUAGAGGCUGACUGGUUACUCUGUAGCGCUAGGUGUGGCAAUGGCACAAGGCACAGGCGGCAGAUUUGCGUGAAGAUGACGAUUAACGUGACCGACAACGGCUAUCAAAACCCGACCGUUGAACGCGAGGCAAGCCGGGAUCUCUGUGGACCGAGGUCACCGGCACGCAAAGAACCGUGCCAAGCAGCUCCGUGUGGGAUUUGGAUUACAGGCAAAUGGUCCGAGUGUUCUGCUCAGUGCGGUGCAACGGUAGGACGCCAGUGGAGAACGGUGGAGUGCCGCGCACCAGACAGUGGACGCCCCUCUGCCAACUGUGCAGUCCGCCACAGGCCGAUGCAGAGUCGAACUUGUUCAUCCGCACGCAAUUGCAGUUUUGGCUGGCAAUUCGACCUAAGUAACUGUAGCAAAGAGUGUGGGGGAGGAACACUUGUGCUGACGGCAGUGUGCCGAGCGUCAUUGGAGCGAGGCGGAACUAUCCUUCCUGAAUUUGUGUGCGGUCGGGACAAGAAGCCGAGGUCAAGGCGAGAGAUUUGCAACCCGGAGCCGUGCCCUUUGAAAGAAGUCAUCGAGGACUGGGAGCCAUGCCAGCGCUCUUGCGGCUCCGGGAUCCGCGUCAAGCGUCGCUGCAUCCGCUAUGUUGACCCGGAAAGCAGAGAGCUGAUAGGGGAACCACGCUGCACAGUCCUGGAGGAACAGAUCUGCAAUGCCAUUGACUGCCCGUACACCAUUCAAUGGUCGCAGUGGAGUAAUUGCAGCAGUGAUUGUGGGGAAGGGCAGCAGUCACGCAGUCCAACCUGCCAGCGUAUGAUUGCAAAUGGCACAGUGCUCACCUAUGCCGAUGGUGAAGAAGAAUUGAAUCCGGAGUGCGAGGCUGCGCUUCAGGAGGAUGAGCUUGCCAUCCGAACCUGUGUCGGUGAGAACUGUGUCUAUAAAUGGAGAACUGGAGACUGGGGCGAGUGCUCCACAACCUGUGACACGGGUUAUCUGAAUCGCAACAUCACGUGCUGCAGAGAGGAGACCCCAGGCGGCAGCGGUAGAACUCGUGAGCAGCUUGUCGACGAUGGGUUCUGCCUUUCCCAGGCCCAGCCUUCCAGUUCAAAGCCAUGCAAUGCAAAUAACCCAUGUCCGCGAUGGGUGGAGAGCAGCAGAUGGGGAGAGUGCAAUGCUUCAUGCAAUGGCCGAGGUUGGUCCUACCGCCUUUGGGAUUGUGUCGUGGGUGAUCGACUAGCAACUGCUAGCGCCUGUCGACAUGCAGUGCAGCACGAAAUGCGAGCACGCCGGUGCCGCGGGGUGCCAUGUCCGGUGUCGCCAAAGUUCGUGGUGAACGACGUCGAAGUCAGCAUAUUCCCGCCUGUGAUAGCCGAGCGCGGGACGAUGGUAACACUGAACUGUCCGGUCAGCGGAUAUCCUCCGCCGCAGGUCUCAUGGUCGUGGUUGGACGCCGACAAACAUCAAUACUACGAGCGCGAGCGAGGACGCUCCCUAAAGCUGCUGCAACGCGGACAGGUGCUGCAGAUUCCUGCGCGGGCCGUGGAGCAUCUACUGGGACGGUUUACGUGUACUGCUCAGAACAGCCUGUUGCAGAAGACCAAGGCUGCUGGGGAAAUGCUCAUGGAGUCACCUCCGACCUUCAACAAUGCUGGCGGUCAACUAGGCCAAGUGAUGGAGAAGGCUACUGGAGACUAUCUUCAGUUCCCGUGCCAAGUCAAUGGGUAUCCAAGACCGACGGUAUCCUUUGAAAAGGAUGGAGUGGCCAUAGCUGAGGCGGAGAGAGGCUUGGUUAACGGUGGCAGCGUUUGCAAUUGCAUUGUGAACGACACCGCUCUGCUGAUCCCGAACAUGACGUUUGAGGAUGCUGGAACGUACCGAUGCAUUGCUGAGAAUCGCUUCCGGAGAGUCGUAUCAUCUCCCCUUAUCCUCCGUGUGACAGCUCGACGAUACUGGAAAGCUAUCCAGGGAUCAUGCUCCAAGUCAUGUGGAACAGGCACAAGGACCUUUCAUCAACAGUGCUUUGAAGAGGGUGCCGGUGUUGUCGAUGAUGAUCACUGCGCCGGAAUCAAUCAAACCCGUCCGCAGCCUGUCUCAUGUUAUGAAGCCGACUGCCCACCAAAACUGAAAGUGCGCUGGGGCCCAUGGUCCAGUUGCAAUGUAACGUGUGGACCGGGGACGCAAACACGUCGCAAGAUCUGCCGCAGCAAGAGGGACCAGAACAACAGGACCGUGGAGUAUCCGAUGGAGCGCUGCUUCAGCGGUAUGACACCGGACGCCGUGCGCGAAAUCCUCUCCAACCAGGGCCAGACGCAGACCUGCCAUGUGCCGUGCCCGGGUGUUUGGCGCUACAUGAAUAGAGGACCAUGCAGUGUGACGUGUGGCCCCGGCGUGCAGCACCUGCGCGCGCAAUGCAUGCGGUACACCAGAAACCACGUGUGGCGCGAGACAAAGUCCGAGGGCCGGUGCCGAGAUCAGCCCAAGCUGGCCAGCCGGCGCUGCUUCGGACUGCCGAGCAACAGCACAGAGUGCUUGCCCCGCCUCUGGCUGGCUAUGCAGUGGGAAUCCUGUGACAACUUCUACCGCAUUCGCCAAGUCAUAUGCUAUCAUGGCGGCAAGAAGGUGAGGGACUCGGUGUGUGGCCAGCCCAAGCCAGUCACACGACAAGCGUGUGUACAGUGGAACAUCAGCCGGUGGUCUCAGUGUGUGGAUUGUGUGAAGCGCCGCAAUGUUUCAUGCAUCUACAUAUUGACACGUGUAUCCGUGCCACAUUCUUACUGUCGUGAGGUCGCCGAGGAGCCAGUUCGAUUUCAAAGCUGUGGCACCUGUCCACAACAUCACCUCUUGAGUCAAUCCCGGCCACCAAACACACGGCCAAACAGCAAUCUCUUGUCUGGCGACCCGAGCCAAUGCACCAAGCAAGGUCUCCACUACUGCUCCCGCGUCAUGUCGUUGCGCCUCUGCAGCAAGCCGUACUACCAGGAGAACUGCUUCUGUGCUUGCAAGCGCAUCAUACACGCGGCAAGGGAAGCAGUCUAGUCACAACACCUCAUAAUGGCUGAAGAUCUGCGGUGCGAUGUAUCGCACAGGAUUUCCAAUAAUUCCAAAUUCUUGUUGGAUUUCCAAAAUUAUUGAAAUAAUUAUACUACAGGAAUUCCACCAUAAUAUAAUAUUUAUUGAGCCAAUUCGGUAAAAUUGUGCAAUUUUUACUAAAUCAGACUCGAAGAAGAAUCCUAAAUUUGAACUUGAGUAAGCCAUUUUCUUGAUGACUUCAUUGGGGACAAUUAAAAUUUGUCCAAUCUACUUUUGUUUUCAGCAAAGCCUGCUUUUCAACAACUUGAGACAUCAAGGUAUUCUUUCUGCUCUCUUAAUUAUCCUCUUGAGUCAUUAUGAGGAUCGAGUUGAUCACCUCUAAUUUGUUGGGUUCAUAAAAUA